AUGCCUCCGGCGCGCGCCCGGGGCUUCUGCUUCGUCCCGCGUCCCCGGAGGAGAGCACGCCGAGCCCGCGGCGCCGCCGCGCUCCCCCGUCUCUCCGGAGUCGCCGGGAGAGCCCUUCGCGCAGCGCCGGCUCCCACCGGGGCGGAAAAAAGGCACGCAAGUUGGCGGCAACUCCUCUCCUGGGUCUAUUCGAGAAGGCGGCCUCGGUGGGGCAUCCGAAAUUACUCCAGGACGACCGCGGGCGCGGGGGGCGCCGGCUCCUCGCUGCCUUCCCGGCCCGGCGGCGGCGGCGCAGGGCGCGUGGACGAGCCGCUCUCCCCUCCUCCUCCUCCUGCUGCUCCUCGUCCUGCCGCUCUGUGCAGCGCCGCUGGCCGAGCCGGUCUUAGGGGCACUUCCCUCCGCCUGCUCGCGGCUCCGCGGCCGGCUCUGCCCGGCGGACUCCAGCGGCGGCGGCGGCGGCGGCGGCGGCGGCGUCCGCGCACGUUGGCACCGGUUUGUCUGUCUCGCAGGGUCCAAGCCUUUAAAUUUCCUGCACUUUCAGCUCCAUCACCAUGGAAACCACUGACUCUCUCGGCGUUGCCCCCUCCCUCUUCUUCCCCCCAAACAACAACCCCACCCCCCACCUCUCCACCCCCGAGGAGCUGGAGCGGCACAGGCUCCCGGGGAAGCCUCUUGCGCUCGCCGCGGAGGAGGCGGUGGCGGCUUCGGCAGCGCCCAGGGCUGUGCCCCGCCGGACCCAGAUGCCCCGGGAAGCCGACAGUCCGGCUGCCCGCCGGAGCUCACAGGCGGCGGCGGCGGCGGCGGCGGCAGCAGCGGUGGCGGCGGCGGCGGCGGCGGCGGUGGCGCUUGGCAGAAGCAGUUUCUCUGUGAUGGGAGAUGGAUACUGAAAUGACACUUCCAGUGAAUUUUCCCUUGGAUGAGGAACUGAAUCUAGACUUCAAAACUUGGUUUCCUUUGUGGUGGAUGUGAUUGGAGUCUGGAAAAAGGUGGAGAAGAGAGACUUGGAAUGGAUGACUCAAGUAUUCACCAGAAUUCCAUGGAGUGGAGUUGGGAGGUCUCAUUGGGACAGCCUAAAUCACUCUACUUUCUUUCCCCAAAGAUCUAGUUUUUCCUUUCCACCUGUGCUGCCAUCCUCACCUGCCAAGUUUAUCAUCUAAGGACACAGCACAGUUUUUAUGCAAAACCUCAGCUGUUGGUAGGGAUGGCCAGUUUCAGCGGAAAACAUUUUCUUGAACUUGCAAAUCUCGGCAAUAUCUAGAUUAGACCAUCAAGGUACUGCUUAAAAGGAGGUCUUGCUUUAAUGAAUACUGGAGAUAAGAGCGACUCACUGGUUGUUUGAAUUGAGUUGAUUCUGAAAUAAUGUGAUUUAGAACCUGGCACAUAGUAGGCUCUUAAACAAUAUUCCUUUCUUUCUGAUGUGGUUUAUGAAGGCUUGGCACUAGUUUGUUUUCUUAGAAAUGUUCCAAGCAACUUUGUUACUGCUAGUUAGUAACUGCUAGUAAAUUAGCUAGUUAAAUAGUUUUUCAGUAAAGAAUUCAAAGGCUAAAUUCUAACUCUGCCUUCCUGAGAUGGUAGGUUCCAAUUAGUGACAUUUUAUUUUGGUCUUCUCUGUUUCAUCAAUCUCCUCUCCUUCAGAUCAUCUAUUUUUGUUUGAAAACCAACCCAGAUCCUUUGGUCCUUUAUUUAGGUUGGGAAGAUUUUACUAAACAGCAAGAAGUUCUCUCAGGAAUGAAAAACAAACCAUGUUAGACAAUAGAUUGGGUGACUUGUUUAUUAUAGAGUGUCCACUGGUGAAGAUCAUGGGGAAAACACAAAGGAGAAGGAACUCAUAGUUGCUGGCCACCCUCCCAGACUUCAGCAGUCCAGUUCAGGGGGAAUAUGACAAGCAUGUGAAGAAAACACUAACAGGGUAUGGGGGGAAAAAUCUAUAUAUUCCCAUAAGAGUGUAGAAAAGUGUUUCACAACUUUUAAAACCCAUGCCCACUUUUGAUAAAUAUUACAUUUUCAUGCUAUCCUUUGAAUGUUACUUGAAAUUUCAUAAUACAUUAUGAUUACCAAAAAAUCCAAAACAAUUGUAAGUGAUACUGUUUUUAAACCACAUCCCCUCUUUACUGUGGAGUUCAGAAAUGCCCCACUUGGGAGGCAUGAAAUCCCCCAGUUCGUGCCACACUGGGGUAGCCCAUGCAUGUAGGUACUGAGUGAAGCUGGAGAUGCUGUUAUUAAGCAGUACAAACACCUUAACGGUAGAGGUGAGUUUUAGCUCUGCUUGAUGGAGAGAGAUACUCAUCUGGAUAGGGAGAGAAAGAGAUUUGAGACAUACAAUGUGAGUAUGCAUGAAGAGGGGAAGGACACUGCUAGUCUCAGGACAGAUAGAAGAUCUAGGACAUGGGGAGUGGAGGAGGAAACCUCAUAAACAGAAAUUCAAAGACAACCUCUGGACCAUGCGGAUCUCAGUUGGAAUUCUGACCCUAUUUCUCACCUGCUGCUGCUACCUUCUUAACAUAAGGCACCUUAGUUCCAAACUUCCUUUCCCCAUCUGUAAAUUGGGGAUAAGACAUACCUCUCAAAACCUUGCUAUAUAGAAGAGGUAAAGAAUGUCUUGCUUAGCAAAGCACCUCGGGCAGAGUAUAUGGUGGGCAAUUAUCUUUCAAAAAAUGUUAGCUCUUUGGGGAACCCUACUGCCCUCAAUUGGCCAACAAGCUCAGGUUUGAGCUAGAGAGUCUUGAAGGGGUUGGAGAUGCUGUUGAAAUCUACUCCAGUGACUCUGGGCCUGCUUUUUGUCCACUCAGCAUGUGCAGCUGAGCUAUUCUUGGUGGCUGCUGGUCUACAGGAGUUUAGGGAAGGAUGACUGGAAUUUCUUGGGGACUCAACAGCCGACCCAUUUCAAUGCUUCUAUAGUUCUAUUGAAGAAGGAAGGAGCUUGACAAGCAGGACAAAGAAGGUUGCAUUUUUUCCAAAGGAAGCUGUGGGGUGGGAGAUGGGCAGAGGGAAGGAUGGCUAGCAGCUCAGCUUUCUGAUCAGGCCCUCACUGUGGGGGAUGUUUGGACCUAGUGGGGUUUGGCUGGUUGGGCCUCAGCUGUACAAGUGGGAAUAGGCUAGUGAAGAUGAGCGUAGGUCUGUUUUUGGUUGGCUACAUCCUGUAAUUUCUGUCCCCGUAAAGCGCUGAAGCAAGGAAAACUGAAGCACUCUUCUGAACUGCUUUGGCAAUUCCAGGUCAAGGUAGAGGCCCCUGAGGAUGCUUUCAAUGCAUCUUCUCUUAUUUUCAACUGAUUCUAAGAAUAAUUCAGCAAUCUUCUGUUUCUUUGGCCCUGGAAAAGUAGGCCUGAGGCAGCUGUGGGAGAUAAGCAAACAAGGCAGGGCUUGAAGUCAGAAAACCUGCAAUCUGCCCACUUGGUGACUUUGGGCCAGUCACUUUACCUCUUUGCCAAGUGGGGACACCGAGAUGCCAGGGGACCAUAAGACACCAUAAAGGAAAAGACAAGAAAGCUGCCAUCUUUCAGGCCUAGCAAAAUCCUAGGCAUAUGCAAAUCAUUACCUUCUGAUGCUGACCGUCUCUAAGGCCUCAUAAAUGUUGCAUUGGAUGGGCUUUUCCUUAUUCAGAACCAAAAUGGCAUUUCUGGACUUGACCCAACUUAGCAGAGUGAGGAAAAGUCAGCCACAAGGCUUGUUACUUGUCACUUUUUUCCAGACAGUGGCAAGAAUGUGAGGCUGGAGAUAGCUUCCAAGGCCAGAGGGUGGUAGACUCCCCAUAGCCUAACAGGGGCCAGGCAGUUCAGACUCACAGCCAGGGUGGGGGCCAGUUCAGCUUCCCAAGACAUUCUAAUUUUUGCGUGUCCUGUUGGUGAUGGGAUUCUGGUUACAACAGUGAAGUUCUA